AUGCUUGAUGAUGGCCUCAAGGCUAAAGCUCAAAUCAAUCAAUUUAUAUUAUUACAGACCGAUAUCCCUUCCUUUACCGAUAGUGAUUGGGAACGUCUAUCUCAGAUUCAUCGCAUACUCACUAAGUUCAAUGAACUUACAUUAUUUGUGUCAAAACGGAGACCACAAAUCAGCCUUGCUAUCCCAGUUUAUUAUGAACUUUACGAUCUACUAUCUGAAGGUUCAGAAUUACAAGGGCCCUUCAAGGAAUUAGAUCCUGAUAUUGCUUCUGCAUUGAAAGAAGGUCUGAAAAAGUAUAUGAAAUAUUAUACUUUUAUGGAUGAAUCUGAGAUCUACUACACCGCAUUGAUUCUAGAUCCCAGGGUUAAAGGAGAUCUCAUUCUAAAAGAGUUAGAGGAUAAGGAAGCUGGCAAUCUGAUUCUUCAAGCUACUCGUGAUAGUUUACAUCAGAGAUACCCACCUAUAAGAAGUGAAUUGCCGACACCUAACAUAUUCAAUCAAAUCACUCUUGAUCUUACUCAUUCUAAUGUUGGAUCUCGAAUGCUGCAACGGUUAGAACCUGAAUCAUCAUUAUCUAUUGUGUCUGACAUUGACUGGUAUUUUGAUACCCCUCGUGUUAGACUAAUAGAUACUUCAGACCCUCAGUGGCUUUGCAACUGGUGGCGCUUACAUAGGGAGGAAUUUCCUCAGAUGGCAGCAGCUGCAAGGGAUUAUCUAGCAAUCCCAGCCUCAGAAGUAGCAGUCGAGAG